AUGGACUCUCUCAAGAUUCUUGAGGCUGAUAUUGAGCACGCUAAUGGACUGGCUGCUGAGAUUCCAAUGGGAAAGAGCAGUGUGAGACUUCAGAUGAAACUGGUACGUGCUGAUGGGCGGUGGAAUCGAUCCAGGUACGGAAGGAAAGCUACAAUCAGAGAGUUUUACGGUGUUAUAUUACCAUCACUAGAGCGUCUUCAUAUCAAUUUCUCUGACUUACCAAGCGACAACUUGUGA